GUAGCUGAAGUUUCAGGAGUGCAGGCCAGGAAGACUGAGUUAAAGAGGAAGACAGACCUUGCAGGUUGUAUCUGCUCCUGGCUUUACCGACUGCGACCCCAGUAAUAAACAACCCAGCAGCUGAAUACGUAAAUAAGUAAGGCUAUGUUAAGAGGAAACAUGAACCUUGAAGAGUAUUUUGCGAGAACGGGUUAUAACGGUUCCCUUGAAAAACAAGAUUUGGAAACCUUAACUGAUAUAUUCCAGCACCACAUCCGUGCUGUUCCAUUCGAAAAUCUCAGCAUCCACUGCGGGGAGAAAAUUACUUUGGAGCUGGAGCACGUUUAUAACAAAAUCGUGAGGAAGAAGCGUGGCGGCUGGUGCAUGGAGAACAAUCAGCUCUUAGCCUGGGUCCUGAAGUGCCUGGGGUACGAUGCCAGUUUUCUGGGAGCAUACGUAUUCAAUCCACAUCAAAACAUGUAUGCCACUCUCAUGACCCACCUGCUCGUAAAGGUAGUUAUUGAUGGCAAGGCCUAUAUUGUUGACGGGGGCUUUGGUGUGUCCUAUCAGAUGUGGCAACCAAUGGAGCUCGUGUCUGGGAAAGACCAGCCCCAGGCUCCUGGCGUCUUUCGCUUCACAGAAAAAAACGCCAUCUGGUACCUGGAGAAAAUGAGACGGAAACAAUACAUCCCUAAUCAAAAUUUCUCUAGUUCUGACCUUCUGGAAAAAAAAGAGUGUCGGAAAGUUUACAUGUUCAGCCUAGAGCCACGGACGGUGGAAGAUUUCCGUUUCCAGUGCACGUACCUUCAGACGUCUCCCGACUCCCUGUUCACGCAGAAGUCCAUCUGCACCCUCCAGACCACCGACGGCUUUCGAGCCCUAAUUGGGUGGACACUCACCGAGACCACAUACAAUUACAAAGAAAAUAUGGAUCUGGUGGAAUUUGUAACUCUUGAGGAUGAAGAGGUGGAAAAGACACUGAAAGAGAAAUUCAAUAUAACCCUAGAGAGAAAGCUUGUCCCAGUUAAUGUCAAAGGACUUUACACAAUUUAGACUACUGGAAAAACCUGUGCUAACGCUGCACAUUUACAGUAUCUUCCACGGUCUGCCCAAUCACUACUGCAAGAUUACAGGAUUCCCUUGCAGGCAAUUGAAGGAAAAAUACAUUAAUACCAGACUAAAGUGAAUUUCAUGUUGGGGAAAGGGAAAAAAUCAGGGAUAUCACACUCUUCUGCUGGGUAGACAGAAUUAUUUGCUGUGAAAUGACUAAAGUUCAAUUUUUGGCAGAAAUGUAGAGACUGAUUCGAAUCUGGUCAUAAACUUGGGCAAGAAAUACGUCUGGGGAAUUCUGGAGUGCCUACAGCACAUAAAUAGAAGUAAGGAUUAUUAAUUUUGAUAUGCUGCCAACACAUUUUUAUGAUUAUUACGAGAAAAAAAAUCUGUGAGCAUUUAGACAACUAUGUACACAUUUAAAACUUCACUUUUCACAAUAUCUAACCUCCCACAGCUCAUGUCAUUUCCCUGUCUUUAAAAUGGGUGUAACAAUACUGUCACCUUUGAAAGGCACAGUUCAGGAGGCACAAUUCUUUCACCAGCAUCCUCAAACAAAACACAGUGGUAAAGGAUUAUUAUCAUGUCCAUCCCUUUGUUAUUACUGUAGUAAACUGCCCAAAGUAAUUUUUGGUAUGUAUAUAUUUUUCCUAAGAUGCAAAUGGCACCUAUUGCAGUGUUGAUUGCGACUAAGGACGUACCUGCAAGUUGUGCUUCUCUUACAAAAAAUCAUCCUAUUCCAGGGUGAAUCAGAAUACAAUGCGUGAGUCUCAACUUGCUUAGAUUUACUUCUAUCCCAAAUGGGGUGGGAAAUCUCAUAUUUUUACUGUUGCGAGUUAUUGCAUGUACGCCGCAAAUUAUUGUAUGUAUAACGAAGGUAGAAUAAUCACACUAACCCCACUAUACUCUUAAUUGCUAUGCUGCAAUCUCUUUGUGUAUAGCAAAUUCGGAAUUCCAUAUGGCUACCCCAAACGAAUACUGUGUAGCAAAGGAGCUUUAGGGUCACAAAUAAGUUUCUUCAUCUUUAUCAAAGUGGAAAAAAAAAAAGCAAGGAGCCAACAAAAUGUAAAGGAACCUUUUUCUUUCCAAUUAUUUCACAAUCACAGUUCCCCAUCUUAAAGAAAUUGUCGUCAUCCCAUGCCAUGCUUCUCUGCAAAAAGCGAAGCAAGGAAACUGCUGAGAAAGGGGAAGCGUUCUCAAUGCAUGAAAAAAAUAGCAGAAACACUGAAAAACACACUUCCUUUCCUUCUUUUCCAUCUAUGAUAAUCCUGAGUGUGGUUAAAAUGCUGAUUUCUCCCACUGAUAGUAUAUCUUUUUGUUCAAAGACAUGAUCUGAUCAUAAAUCUCAAAAAUUCUGUUAGUGUGUACUUGAAAAUAAAUAAAGUAAAACCGUAAGAAUUGCUGUAAAUAUA